AUGUUUCUGUCUCACCCUCCUCCAGCAAUACAACCGAGUUAUUAUACAGUCAACUUCUCACCUCGCUGUACAUCGAAGCCACCGUCGUGCUACGUUGCCGUAAACAAUCCUUCGACAAGCGGAGCUAAAACCUCUAACAAUCAGCUAAUCCAAUCUCUGUGCAAAGAGGGCAACUUAAAACAGGCGCUUCGAGUCUUGUCUCAGGAAUCAAGCCCGAGUCAACAGACCUACGAGCUUCUCAUUCUCUGCUGCGGUCAUCGAAGCUCUCUCUCCGAUGCUCUACGCGUUCACCGGCACAUUCUGGAUAAUGGGUCCGAUCAAGACCCGUUUUUGGCGACGAAGCUUAUCGCCAUGUACUCGGAAUUGGGCUCUGUCGAUUACGCACGGAAGGUGUUCGACAAAACGCGUAAGAGAACUAUAUACGUGUGGAACGCUCUGUUCAGGGCGCUUACAUUAGCGGGUCAUGGAGAAGAAGUGUUGGGUUUGUACUGGAAGAUGAAUCGGAUCGGAGUCGAAUCGGAUAGGUUCACAUACACUUACGUCCUCAAGGCUUGCGUCGCAUCGGAGUGCACGGCGGAUCAUCUGACGAAAGGGAAAGAGAUUCACGCGCAUCUUACUCGACGAGGAUACAAUUCUCAUGUUUACAUUAUGACUACGUUGUUGGACAUGUAUGCUAGAUUUGGAUGUGUGGAUUACGCUAGCAAUGUGUUUGACGGAAUGCCUGUGAGAAACGUUGUUUCUUGGAGUGCGAUGAUUGCUUGCUACGCGAAGAACGGGAAAGCUUUUGAAGCUUUGAGGACUUUCCGUGAGAUGAUGACGGAAACCAAAGAUUCGUCUCCGAAUUCUGUUACUAUGGUGAGUGUGCUUCAAGCUUGUGCUUCGCUUGCGGCUUUAGAGCAAGGGAGGUUGAUUCAUGGGUACAUACUGAGACGAGGGCUUGACUCGAUCUUGCCUGUGAUCAGUGCUCUUGUGACAAUGUAUGGUAGGUGCGGUAGGCUUGAAGUGGGACAGAGAGUGUUUGAUGGGAUGCGUGAGCGAGAUGUUGUAUCGUGGAACUCUUUGAUAUCAAGCUAUGGUGUUCAUGGAUAUGGAAGGAAAGCGAUUCAGAUAUUUGAAGAGAUGCUCGCUAACGGAGCUUCCCCAACUCCUGUAACAUUUGUCAGCGUUUUGGGAGCUUGCAGCCACGAGGGACUUGUUGAAGAAGGAAAAAGACUGUUUGAGUCGAUGUGGAAAGACCAUGGGAUACAGCCACAAGUUGAGCAUUAUGCUUGUAUGGUUGAUCUGUUAGGUCGUGCGAAUAGAUUAGACGAGGCAGCGAAGAUGGUGCAGGACAUGAGGACCGAGCCCGGGCCUAAGGUUUGGGGUUCUCUCCUCGGGUCUUGUAGAAUCCACGGUAAUGUUGAGCUCGCGGAGAGGGCGAGUAGGAGGCUCUUUGCGCUUGAGCCGAAGAAUGCAGGGAACUAUGUGCUGUUGGCAGAUAUUUAUGCAGAAGCUCAGAUGUGGGAUAAGGUUAAGAAAGUGAAGAAGCUUCUUGAAUACAGAGGACUGCAGAAGCUGCCUGGUCGGUGCUGGAUGGAAGUGAGGAGGAAAAUGUACUCGUUUGUCUCGGUGGAUGAGUUUAACCCUCUGAUGGAACAGAUUCAUGCUCUCUUGGUUAAGUUAGCCGAGGAUAUGAAGGAGAAAGGGUACGUACCGCAGACGAAAGGCGUUCUGUAUGAUCUCGAGACGGAAGAGAAAGAGCGGAUUGUGUUGGGACACAGUGAGAAGCUUGCGUUGGCGUUUGGGCUGAUAAACACGGCGAAAGGAGAACCGAUCAGGAUCACCAAGAACUUGCGUUUGUGCGAGGACUGUCACUUGUUUACAAAGUUCAUCUCCAAGUUUAUGGAGAAAGAGAUUCUUGUUAGAGAUGUGAACCGGUUUCAUCGGUUCAAGAAUGGUGUGUGUUCUUGUGGAGAUUACUGGUAA